GAAACACGGCUGCUGCAGAAAGAAAGGCAGAUGAACUACAGAUCCCAGCAUCCCCUGGUGGGCAGCACCUGCAGCAGUCCCUGCACGCUGGGGGGAUGAGGAUGAGGAUGGAGGGCGGGGAGGAGAUGCAGGGUGCUGUGGGGCUGCGCUGCACCUGGGACAUCCUGCCACCUGCCGGCACCCAAGCCAAGUGGGUGAAGCUUAAUGUGGGGGGCACUGUCUUCCUCACCACCAGGCAGACCCUGUGUCGGGAUCAGAAAUCUUUCCUGUGUCGCUUGUGCCAGGGCGAGGAGCUGCAGUCGGACCGGGAUGAGACUGGUGCAUACCUAAUAGACCGAGACCCCACUUAUUUUGGACCUAUCCUGAAUUUCCUCCGUCAUGGGAAGCUGGUCCUGGAUAAAGAUAUGGCUGAAGAGGGGGUCCUAGAAGAAGCUGAGUUCUAUAACAUUGGCCCCUUAAUCCGAAUAAUCAAGGAUAGACUGGAGGAGAAGGAUUAUGCAGUAACUCAGGUGCCGCCUAAGCAUGUCUACCGUGUGCUGCAGUGUCAGGAAGAGGAGCUCACUCAGAUGGUUUCCACUAUGUCGGAUGGAUGGCGCUUUGAGCAGCUUGUGAACAUUGGCUCAUCCUAUAACUAUGGGAAUGAGGAUCAGACAGAGUUCCUGUGCGUGGUCUCCAAAGAGCUGUACAACUCCCCCAGUGGCCUGAGCUCUGAGCCCAGCCACAAAGCCAAGCUAUUACAAGCCAGAGGCCUGAGGAUGUGAUCCUGAUCCAGCCUUUUAAUUUGUGGUUUAUAUCUUUAUUUUUGUACUGUAGUGUAUGACAGCCCCUUGUGCCACAGUGAUACCCCUCUGCUUCCCCUUCACCCUUCACAUGGAGCCUUUGGUUUUUAUAAAGUUGCCUCUGCAGCUUGGGCCUCCAGUGCCUGGAGGAAGGAGGAAGGCAGAUGCUCCAAGGAGUGCCUGACCUGCUGUAGGAUCUGGAGCCCACAGCCACCUCCCAUGCCUACCAGACUGGCUUUCCUUAAUCUCACAGUGGCCCCUGCUGGGGACAUCAGUGCUCAGCCACUACAGCAUUCGGUCCCUUCCCAUACCCUCCCCACAGGACUUGGGCCCUGAUGUGGUGGUACCUGCUGUAGGAACAGUCCUUGCCUUUCACAGUGGCCUUGAUUGCAUGGGGCAGUUAGUCUGAGCUUGUGUCCAGAGGGCCAAAUGUGGAGCGGCUGCAUUUUUCUGGGCCUGCACAGCUCAUGAGGUGUCCCUGUGCUGGGUAACAUGCUUGUUGGUGCCUCCCUCCCUCCUUGUCCCCCAGAGAAGUCCUGUGUUAGCAGGCAAGGAGGAGAUAGGUGUGCUGCGUGGGUACCUGUGGGGAAUGUGCUGGUGCCUGAUGUAGUGUGUGUUAGCACAAGGAGAUCCCUGCCUCUGGGAGCGGGGAAUUUGCUUCACUGCUGUGUCCAAGGACACCAGGUUGUAACUCCUGAAUAAACUUCACGGUCUGUUCCUCCUUGUUGUGCCUCUCCUUUCGAGUAGCAGAAAUUUGGUGCUGGUGGAAGGGGGUCGGGGCUGGAAAAGAGGAGUUGGAUUCAUCACCACCUGGAGCCACCAGAAGCUGUUUGUGCUGGGCCUGUGUGUUCUGGGGACUGGCAGUACCUCCCACUGGAUCUGUGCUAUGUCCCCACUGCAUGCAGUUGGGUACAGUGCAGGUUUGCCUAUUGGUGUUUGUUUGCACCCCUAGCUCAUAACAAUGAGCAAACACCAUCCAUCUAGCUGAUGCCUGGGACAUAGCUGCGAUGGUGGUGGUAUCUCCUUUGCCACUUUCCAGCGCUUUGCCAAGACUGGAGUUUGGUCAAAAAAAGAUCCAAACCCCAAGAGAAUGUGUAACAGAGGAAGGCAAAGUGGAAGGAAAAAAAAAAUUAGUUUUA